UGGGGAUUUUCCAUCGACGCCGCAAGACACGAGCAUGGUUGACGGCGCUGAGACACUGUACCGCAUUGAGCACGACACGAUGGGCGACGUGCGCGUCGAGGCGCACCGGUACUGGGGCGCGCAGACGCAGCGGUCGCUCGAGAACUUUACGAUCGGCGGCCAGCGCAUGCCGCUCGAAAUCAUCCGCGCGUUUGCGAUUCUCAAGAAAGCCGCGGCCCAAGCCAACUUUGAGCUCGGCGUGCUUCCGGAAGCCAAGCUCGAGCUCAUUAGCAGCGUCUGCGAUGAGAUUUCCGCCGGACUCCUCGACGAUGAAUUCCCGCUCGUCGUGUGGCAAACCGGCUCGGGCACGCAGAGCAACAUGAACGUGAACGAAGUCGUCGCCAACCGCGCGCACGUUCUCAACGGCGGCGACCUCCUCGACGACACGCCGCGCGUCAUCCACCCGAACGAUGAUGUCAACAAGUCGCAGUCGUCCAACGACACGUUCCCGACGGCCAUGAGCAUCGCCGCCUAUUCGCUCCUCGUGGACCACACGCUUCCGAUGGUCCGUGCGCUCCGCGACGCGCUGCAUCAAAAGUCGGUUGAGUUUGCUGACGUUAUCAAGAUUGGCCGCACGCAUUGGAUGGACGCGACACCGCUCACAAUGGGCAUGGAGUUCUCGGGGUACGUGGCGCAGCUCGACCACGCAGUGGCGUCGAUCGAAAGCUCGUUGAGCCACCUCUCGGAGCUCGCGCUCGGCGGCACGGCUGUCGGGACGGGCCUCAACACGCCCGCGGGCUACUCGGAGCUCGUUGCCGCCAAGAUCUCGGAGCUCUCGGGCCACCCGUUCGUAACGGCGCCCAACAAGUUUGAAGCGCUCGCGGCCCACGACGCGCUCGUCGGCGGCUCGGGCGCGCUCAAGAAGCUCGCGGUCUCGCUCAUGAAGAUCGCCAACGACGUCCGGCUCCUCGCGUCGGGGCCGCGCUGCGGCAUUGGCGAAAUCCAGAUCCCGGAGAACGAGCCUGGCUCUAGCAUCAUGCCGGGCAAGGUCAACCCGACGCAGUGCGAGGCCUUGACGAUGGUGUGCGCGCAGGUCAUUGGUCUCGACGCGGCGAUCGCGAUCGGCGGUAUGAGCGGUCAGUUUGAGCUCAACGUCUUCAAGCCCAUGAUGAUCUACAAUUUCCUCACGAGUGCCAAGCUCCUCGGCGACGCGUGCGACUCGUUCCGAAAGCACUGCGUUGUGGGCAUCGUCGCCAACCUCCCGGUCGUGCAGUCGCAUCUGGAGAACUCGCUCAUGCUCGUGACGGCACUCAACACGCACAUUGGGUACGAAAACGCCGCCAAGAUCGCCAAGAAGGCGCACAAGGAAGGCACGACGCUGCGGGUUGCGGCGAUGGACCUCGGCCUCGUCACGUCCGAGCAGUACGACGAGUGGGUCGUGCCCCAAAACAUGAUUGGCAGCCUGCAGCACUAAUCCUCGACCGAGAAAUAACAACAUAUUAGCAAAAAACAACGCUAUUGCUCGCGCA